CGCAAAAAAAAAACAACAGACACCUAGCAAAAAGGAAAGUCAUGGAUUUGGUGGAUCAUAAUCCCUAUGGAAAUGGAUUGCAAUAUGUAGGAUUUAAUCAAGAUCAAGGUUGUUUCGCCUGUGCCACGGAUUCGGGAUUUCGUGUUUUCAAUAGUGAUCCUUUGAAGGAAAAAGAACGGCAAUAUUAUCCAGAAGGGGGCCUCAGCUAUGUUGAGAUGCUGUUUCGCUGUAAUUAUUUGGCUGUUGUUGGUGGUGGAAUACGCCCAUUGUACCCACCAAAUAAGCUGAUUAUCUGGGAUGACCUCAAAAAAGCCCCAGCCAUUUCCUUAGACUUUAAUCAGCCAGUUAAGGCUGUUCGCUUAAGACGGGACCGUAUCGUUGUUGUGUUUGCGGGUUUUAUAAAGGUCUUCACGUUUACCCAACAACCCCGGCAAUUACAUGUCUUUGAGACAAAUUCCAAUCCUCAUGGUUUGUGUGUUUUGUGUCCGCAUAGUAAUAAAAGUUUGUUGGCAUUCCCAGCCCGUCGCACCGGGCAUGUACAGAUCGUUGAUUUGGGCAAUACAGAAAGAGCUGCUCUGGAAAUAGUAGCACACGAAGCGAACAUUUGCUGCAUUGCUUUCAAUCUACAAGGAACCAGGUUGGCCACAGCCAGUGAAAAGGGUACUUUAAUACGCAUAUUUGACACAGAAACUGGCAAAAAAGUCAAUGAACUACGACGCGGCAGUAACCAGGCCACAAUAUAUUGCAUUAAUUUCAACCAUGCCUCCACAAUGUUGGUGGUAUCAUCCGAUCAUGGCACCAUACAUGUGUUCAAUUUGGAUGAUACCAAGCCAAAAGAAUCAUCUCUACCAAUUGUUCCCAAGUACUUUUCCAGUCAGUGGAGUUUUGUUAAAUUUUCCAUACCAAAAGAACCACCAUGUAUUUGUGCUUUUGGCUCAGAUUCUAAUUCUGUAAUAGCUAUUUGUGCCGAUGGCCAUUACUAUAAAUUCCUGUUCAAUAGCAAAGGUGAAUGCAGUCGAGAUGUUUGUACCCAAUUCUUGGAAUUACAGGAUGACGAUUAA